UAAUAAUUCUUCGUUUUAGGCCAACUGCAACCGUCAGUUCGUCUGAUUUCAGACGUCAGUGCACGUCGAAUCGUGUUUAGAAAAGGAUGGCAACGUUGUAAAAAAAAAAAAAAAAAGGAAAAAAAGGAAACCCUGCCUACAGAAGAGGGAGGGAAACACUCGGAACAGUCACUCCCGAACAGAUACCAAACCCGAAACAGAACAGAGUCGAGGGAACACACGUCACAAACGCUCUCCUAACAUUGACGUUUGUGUGUGUGUAUGUGUGUGUGUGUAUAUAUAUAUCUGAGUGUAUAUGCGGGUGCCUGGUGUGCAGUGAACAACUCCUCCUUUAUUAUUUUUUUUUCGAAAACGUUGAUUUUUGCUUGUUUGUUUUUUUUACCGGAUCAACGAGGCCGAUGAUGUUUUAAUGGAGGUCUCGGGACGUUUGGGUGUUGGAAGUGUGUGGGGUUAGAACGCACAUGGGCCACAUCACCAACAGGUUGGAACUGCAAAAAAAUUGGAAAAGGAAAGGGGAAUAAACCAACUGGUGUUGCUUUGUGCACAGCAACCCAUUGUUUCUGCUGCGAACAUCAUCAGCCACCAAGCCUGGCUCAUUGUGAGACUGAAUUAGCUGACUUCGUCCAUGGCCAAAACCUAUCAACAGACAGCAAGGAUACUCCAGCUAUGACAGUCCAUUGUCAUUCCAAGUUGGUUUUCGAUAGUGACGCUACGUUUGGAACGAACCGGACUCUAGUCGCCGGAUCGUCUUUUAAUCGGUUAAACCGAACUGAGAGAGCUGGAUUUAUGCGGCUGGAAUCUGUGGGCGCGUGAUGAAGUUACGUCACCACCGCCGCCAUCAUCAUCAUCAUCAUGGAACCAGAAUCGCGCUACAUUGUACAGGUGUUUGUGGGCGCGUUGUCGCCCGAGUUCGAGGCGCUGUCGAUCGAAGCCCUCAAGGGCACGACGGCCGACGAGAUGGUCUGCUGCAUCGUCGACAAGCUGCAGCUACCUCUGCCCGUCGAGUCUUAUGAGCUGGCCGAAGUCGUGGGAAAUGCCGUCGGCCAGGAGUGCAAGGAGAGGAGGCUGGCGCCCCACGAACUGCCCGUCGCCCUUAUGCUCCUCUGGCCGAAAGUCUCGUCGCCCGCCCAAGAGACUGCCUCCGCUCUGGCCGCUUUGGCUGCCCACCGAAAGCUUCUCCAGCGCUCCGUUUCCAGGACGAGUGAAAACCGUCCAAUCGAAAGAGCCGAUGGCGGAGCCGAUGCGGAUGAAUCGCAACAGUCUGAAUAUCGUUUUUACCUGCGCGAGAAACUCAGCGACGCCAUUUGGUCCGAGACGCUCAACGCCGACCCGCAGUUGAUCAGAGACUACUUUUACCGAUUCCUCUACCAGCCGCGCGACCGUGAAUACCCCGACCUGUGCCAGUUGCCCGACCUCAACGAGGAGACGCUCAUGGACAACCUGCGGGCCCGUUUCCAGGCCGGCCACAUUUACACGUACGUCGGCUCCAUCCUCAUCGCCGUCAACCCCUUCAAGUUUUAUCCCAUUUACAACCCGAAAUAUGUGAAACUCUACCAAAACCGUCGGCUCGGCGAGCUGCCGCCCCACAUCUUCGCCGUCGCCGACGCCGCCUACAACGCCAUGAUGCGCGACCGAAAACCCCAAUGCAUCGUCAUCAGCGGUGAAUCCGGUUCGGGCAAGACCGAGUCGACCAACUUCCUGCUCCACCACUUGACGGCGUUAUCGCAAAAGGGAAGCCAAGGUUGCGGCGUCGAACAGACCAUACUCAGCGCCGGGCCCGUCCUUGAAGCUUUUGGCAACGCCAAGACGUCGCACAACAACAACUCUAGCCGCUUCGGCAAGUUCAUCCAAGUCAACUAUCGCGAGAAUGGACAAGUUCACGGAGCUCUGGUGCAAAAGUAUUUGCUGGAAAAGACGCGAAUCUGCUUCCAGGCCAAGAACGAGCGAAAUUACCACGUCUUUUACCACUUACUUGUCGGCUCCUCGCCGCAGGAAAAACAAGCUCUCCAUCUAUUACCACCCGAAGCUUAUAGAUACUUAAAUCAGAGCGAUUAUCACAACCUGGACGAAGCGGACGAGUGCUACGAGCUGUCGCGGCUGAAACAGUCGAUGGAGUUUGUGGGCUUCUGCAGCGAGACGCAGCGUCGAGUCUUUGCCGUCUUGUCGGCCGUCUUGCACAUCGGCAACGUCGAGUUCCAGCCGAAGAAAUCGACUUACCACCACGACGAGUCGGUGACGGUCAAGAACACGGCCGUCGUCACGACAAUCGCCCAGUUGUUGCGGGUCAAAGAGGAGAUUCUCCACCAAGCGCUCGUCUCGAAACGGGCCAGAGCUUCUGGAGAAACGCUCGUCAUCAACUACCGCAUGCCGGAGGCGAUUGCCGCUCGCGACGCGAUGGCCAAGUGCCUUUACGGCUCGCUCUUUGACUGGAUCGUCAUGCAGCUGAACCACGCCCUGCUGGCCAAGAAAGACGCGGACAAAAUGCAGCGCGCCUACUCUAUCGGCGUCUUGGACAUUUUCGGUUUCGAAGACUUUGGCAACAUGAAUAGUUUCGAGCAAUUUUGCAUUAACUACGCCAACGAGCAUCUACAGUACUACUUUAACCAGCACGUUUUCAAGUACGAACAGGAAGAAUACAAACGCGAAGGCAUCCACUGGGUCAAUAUCCAGUUUGUUGACAACACGGGCUGCCUACAGCUUUAUGAAUCCAAGCCCAACGGACUUCUUUGCAUACUGGAUGAUCAGUGCAAUUUCCCCGGCGCCACCAACGAGACGCUCCUGCAAAAGUUCAAUUCAGUCAACAAGGAUAACGAAUACUACGAAGUGCCGCAGAAACGCGAGGCCGCUUUCAUCGUUCGACACUACGCCGGCAAGGUCAAGUACCAGUCGAACGAAUUCCGCGAGAAGAAUCUCGACCUUAUGAAGGCCGACAUCGUCGCCGUUCUCAAAUCGAGCCAGUACGCUUUUGUCCGUGAACUCGUCGGCGGCGAUCCAGUCGCCGUCUUUCGAUGGGCCAUUUUGAGGGCUUUUAUCCGCGCCUACUUUGCUUUCCUCGACUCUGGCAAACGGCACCGUGAAAUUAAUUCGUCAGGUCCGGAUAGCUUGACGGGCAAAGGGAAACAUGGUGAGAGUGGACGCAAAAAUAGAGUCUCUAAAGCACGAAGCCGGCCUUCGAAAAAUUGGCGCAAUUUGGAAACGGUGAAGACGUUAGCCGGCCGGUUAGGCCACAGUAGUUCGUCUUUGAAUUCGUCCAUCAUCGCCAGCGUUUCGUCUUCGCACGAAAAGCUGACCGUAACACCGUCGGGUUCGACAACAGUCACAAUUACUUCGGCCAGUAGCCAUCAGUCGAUCCGAGGCGAGAGCCUCCUCGUUGUUCACAAGAACGUCAAAAAAGCACAGACGGUCGGUGCGCAGUUCCAGCAUUCGCUUCAGAGCCUCAUGGUAGCCCUGAACACGGCCAAUCCGUUCUUUGUCCGUUGCAUUAAAAGCAACAGACUCAAGGGUCCUAAUCAAUUCGACGAGGAAAUCGUCCUCCGUCAGCUUCGUUACACGGGCAUGCUUGAAACAGUUCGCAUCCGUCAAGCUGGAUUCAACGUCCGUUUAACUUUCGAAGAAUUCAUUCAUCAUUACCGAAUCCUUUUGCCCCGGGGAUUGUUGAGUUCGCAAUCGGACGUUCACGAUUUCCUGCGCCGGAUGAAUCUGAAUUCGGAGCACUAUCAAAUCGGCCAUCAAAAGAUCUUUUUGCGCGAGUCGGAGAAAGCCAAACUCGACUACCGAUUGCAUCAGGCCAUUUUGGCCAGCAUCGUCACUAUCCAGCGCUGGUUCCGCACGUGCCUGGAACGGCGUAAUUUCCUAUCGAUCCGCAGAGCUGUCGUUCGUAUCCAGUCGUAUGUUCGUAUGAUAAUGGCCCAGCGUCAGGUGAUGAACUUGCGGGUCCGUCACAUGGCGGCGACCUUCAUUCAGAAAGUCUGGCGAGGCUAUCAGGUCCGGCACUGGUACACGAAUCUACGGUGCUCAGUGGUGAGCUUCCAGUGCCGGGCGAGAGGGAACCUGGCCCGGAGGCGCUUUGAACAGAUGAAACAAAAGGGAGAUGCCCAUUCGGCGCAGAGCACCGACGAAGCCUUCCUCUCCAAAGGAUCGUCGCAAGAAGAGCUGGACAAGGACACGAAGGAUCUGAUCGAACAGCUCAGCUCGGAAGAGAGUAGCGGCAUACAGGAGGACAGCGAAUCGGAACUGAUUUAUGCAGAGCUUGCGUCGGGAAUAUUGUCCUGUGCGCUGAAUUUCCCGCUCCAGUCGAUGGACGAAAAGCGAGAUGAUCUCAAAUCGAAAAAAAGUAAACCAUCCAUCGUCACGGCGGCAGCCAACGUGGCCGGAGUGGCCGGAUCGGUCGGCCAUUCGCCACGUAUCGGUUCCAUCGAAGAACUACUCCGCGGCUCUGGCGAAACCGGCCGGACGGAGAAGAGCAGUGCUCUGCACAAAGCCAAGAAACACCUCAAGACGCUGAUGGGCGGCGGCUCCAAACGGGACAAGAGCGAUUCGCUGCGCCAGAUGGCCGUCCACGGCAGCGAGGAUCGCGACAGCGAUUCAGAGAGCACUUUGGUCUCGGCCUCGCGCUCGACGUCGACGCUCAACUCGGCCUCUGAUUUAGAGUACGACAUGAGAUAUGCGAGGGAACGCGAAGCGAGGCGUGAAGAGCGGCGCAGGAUAAUCGCAGAGAGGCUGGCCAUUCGAAGUCGGGCCAACAGCAUUUCCGAUGAAUCCCAUUCGCCCACGUGCCCUAAUCCGGUGCUAUGUAGACGUUACAGUCGCGAUAUAGAAGCGGCCUCUUCGUCCAUUUACGGCUACGGACACUCACACGGUCACUUGCACCAAAGUCAUUGCUGGACCUACAGUCACGCCGUUACCAGCCAUUUACCAAUAGCAAGGCGAGGCAGCAAAGAUGGCGGCCGAAGUGUCAGCGUGGACGGCUCAUGGAGAGGCAGUCGAGACAGUCUGCGUGAAAGGGUAACGGGAACAGCUGCCGGAAUGACAGCAUCGCCUCUGGCAAGACGUCAAGAUAGGGACUCUAGCCAAGCGUCAGUGGCCGUUUCCGUGGCGUCUUCUACCUCCUCGACGACGGCCACCGUCCGUUCCAGUUUGAGUCAAGUCCACAAACUGACGCGGAUGAGUAAGCUGGCCAAGAACGAGGCCUGCUCGCUCUGUUCCAAGACGAUGAGCUCCUUUUUCACCCACGGCUACAAGUGCACAUCGUGCCAUUUGGUAUUCCACGCCAAAUGCGUCCAGCAGGGAAUAACGUCGUCCCAGGCUUUACCACCGACAGUCCUUGAAUGCGCCCGUCCUUCGGCAAGUCCGACCAGUCCGGACCCGGAUCCUGUCCAGAAGGGCCGUAAAGGAAGCCGUGAAACGGUGGACAGCUCUACGGGUGUCAUCCCUUCAAGUGGCAACGAGAAUUCCAAAUGGAAUUUGACGGGCACGAGUGAAUUCACCGACUCGACCCAAGAAGUGGUUAACGGCGGCCAACAGUUACACAGACUGGACGAGUUUAUUGGCCGCAAAAUUCAGAACUUGGUAGAUGACACGCGAGGUGACGCUGACCGCGUCUUCCUCUCGGCGUUGCGGGAACUAAGAGGUUCGCUUAUAUCGGCUUACGGAGUUGCCUCUUGCCACGGCGGAGAAGAGGAAAAUCCGGCCAUUCGGUUAACCUACCGCGACCUCAUUGCCAAUUUCAGCAAAAUAGUCGAGUCGGUGUCACGUGACGACACGAAAUUCCCCAAAACGCUGGUGGUUAACGCGUUUCGUGGCUACCUCAAUGAAUUCGUAGUUCAACAGAGGACGGACGAUAAGGAAAACAGGGCCAAAGGAGGCAAAAGGAGAAAGGAACGGUGGAAGAAGCCGACGUCCGACAAGAAUCAACGGGGCAGAGAGACGAAACGGGCCAAGGCCCAGGACGAUGGAUUGCUUCGACACAUGGGUCAUGAAUUCACCACGCUUAACAGCGUCAUUACCAUCCCGACAGCCUGCGAAGUUUGCUCCUCGUUCACGUGGCUCAAGGAGAAGGGACUGGUGUGUCAGAGCUGCAAAUUCACCUGUCACAAGAAAUGUUACACCCGAAUCACCACGGCGUGCACGGCGUCAGCAGCCACACCUUCGGCCGGAGCCGGUUCCAGCGGAGCUUCAUCAAUGUCGGCAACCAUCAGCAUGUCGGGCUUGCCCAACCCAUCGACCGAGUCGCCUGGAAGCCUUUUCGGCGUCACCCUGGACAAAUUGGUGGCGUCUAGUGGCGCCGCCAGCGGCUCCCAACAGCGCCUCCCGCCCAUCAUCGAGAGGCUCAUCUCCACCAUCGAGCUCGUCGGACUCUACACGGAGGGACUGUACCGCAAGUCGGGCGUCUCUUCUCGCGUCCAGCAGCUCAAGAAGUUGCUCGAAGAGGAAUCGGUGGCCAGCAAAGAAGGUGCCGUCGCCCUCGUCGACCUCCAGGAGCAGCCCAUCCACGUCCUGACGGCCGUUCUCAAGUCGUUUCUGCGCGAGUUGCCUCAACCUUUACUCACUUACGAGCGCUACGACGACUUCCUCAGGGCGGCCGAUAUCGUCGACGCCAAAGAGCGCAUCUCUUCGCUGAUGGCCCUCGUCCAAGAACUGCCGCCGCACCAUUUCGACCUCCUGGAGCGGCUCAUUUUCCAUUUGACCCGAGUGGCGCUCAACGAGAAAUCCAACCGGAUGAGUCCCAACGCUUUGUCCAUCGUCUUUGCGCCUUGCAUUUUGCGGACGGCCAAGCUGCAGCAAGCCCAGGACUCGCUCUCCAACGUCAGCAAACAAACGUCGGUCGUGGAGACGAUAUUGACGGAGCAACUCCGCCGGGUGACGGAGACGCUGGCCGACAUUGACUCGCUCGAUUCCGUCUGUCUGGCUUACGCCGCCCGUCUCGGCACUUUGCGAUCGUCGAAAAUGUUCCCGUCGUCCACUGGCGUCGGGACGUGGGUGUUGCCACAGUCGGACACCUCGACGCCGGACGGUGCGGGUGCCGUGGCCAAAAAUCAGCACCAGCGCAUCUUCCCGACCGUUUCGGCACCGACCUCUUCAUCGUCUUCGCUGUCGUCUCUCUCUGCGCGCGACCAAGUCACCGAAGAGCGCCUCAUCCAGGAGCAUCUGGAAGAGUUGCGCGAAGAAAAGGCCGCCCUGGCCGCCACUUUGCCUUCAUUGGCGCGGGCCGCCAGCGACGACGAUCUGCUCUCGACCGACGGCGAUUUGGACGGCGAUGAUCAGGACAGUCCCAUCGGUGGUAGCGUCGACGAUUUACCGGCCAGCAGUCAAUCGCGUUCCGAUUCGCGACCAAAAGUCUUGCCAGUGUCCGGUUGUCUAGCCGUGUCCACCUCAUCCUCCUCCUCUACCUACUCGUCCUCCUCUUGUACCAUCAAAACGGCCGCACCAACUGAAUCAUCGCUCGCACCACCACCUGCGGCGCCGACGGCCAAUCACCAAGACGGCGCCGUUUUUUCCAUAGCCGCCAGACGGCGUUUCGACGCCAACAAAGUCGUCAUCACGAUUGGCGGCGAACACCCAAAAGAGUUGCCGAUGCCGCCAAAGCCGCUCACUCCCGACUGGGAGAAACGAUUGAGUGCCGGACGGAAAGCCAUUGAAGAGCAAGCCAGGUUGAUGCAGCAGCAACAGCAUUCAAUGAAUUCAACGACCACCGUCGUGCCCGUCGUGCCCGACCAGCCGAGCCCGGCGUUGGUGAUUGUAGACGGCCGGCCGCUGCCUCUGCCGCCGCCCGUUCGCAAGAGCAAUUUACAGCGAUCGAAAAUCGUUCAAACGCUGUCCAUCCCGGCGGUUGAUGCACCGUCGACCGGUGGCAUGGCCGCAAGCGAUCAAGGCCAGCAGCCGAAAAGGAUCACGGCUUUGAAAGCACUUCAACGUCUGAAGACGACGCUUUCGAGCCCGGCGCUCGUGGCCGACCCGACAGUCGAGUCGAUGCAGCCGCAGCGCCGGCACGAUUUCUUCAAUGGCGGCGGCGGCGGCAAUCCAUUACUGGCCAACGGUAAAAGUGGCGCUGCCAUCAAGAAGAACCUUGGUCGUCGACUGUCUGGCGCCCGUGUCGACGUCGACAACCAGACGGACGGCAGCGUCAUGUCCAGUUACCAACCGCUGGAAGUCGAUCUUGACGAUGACGCCAUUAUGGUUUGAAAAAUAAAAGAAAAAGAAUGGAAAGAUAGAAAAAUAGUGAG